AUGCAGCGCUCUCUCACAUCUCUCCCACGCGGACUCGCACGUUCAUCACGGAUACGCUCUGGCCCACUCGUGCAGCAAAGAUUCGCACACAAAGAGCUGAAGUUCGGUGUCGAGRGCAGAGCCGCUCUCCUAAACGGUGUCGAGACGCUUGCACGAGCUGUUGCGACCACCCUUGGUCCCAAGGGGCGAAAUGUCCUCAUCGAGUCCAGCUACGGCUCGCCCAAAAUCACAAAGGAUGGUGUAACGGUUGCACGAGCCAUCACCCUUAAGGACAAGUUCGAGAACCUCGGAGCUCGUCUGCUACAGGACGUGGCUAGCAAGACGAACGAGGCCGCCGGUGACGGUACCACUACCGCCACCGUCCUCGCCAAUGCCAUCUUCUCCGAGWCCGUCAAGAACGUCGCCGCCGGCUGCAACCCCAUGGACCUGCGCCGCGGAACCCAGGCCGCCGUCGAGGCCGUCGUCGAGUACCUUCGCGCCAACAAGCGCGACAUCACCACCUCUGCUGAGAUCAGCCAGGUGGCUACCAUUUCCGCCAACGGCGACACACACAUCGGUGCUCUUCUCGCCAGCGCAAUGGAGAAGGUCGGCAAGGAGGGUGUCAUCACUGUCAAGGAGGGCAAGACUAUCGCGGACGAGCUUGAGGUCACCGAGGGCAUGAAGUUUGACCGUGGUUUCAUCUCUCCAUACUUCAUCACGGACACMAAGUCGCAGAAGGUUGAGUUCGAGAAGCCGUUGAUCCUGCUCUCCGAGAAGAAGAUUUCCGCUGUGCAGGACAUUGUCCCAGCGCUCGAGGCAUCUCAGCAGCUGCGACGACCACUGGUGAUCAUCGCCGAGGACAUUGACGGCGAGGCUCUUGCCGUCUGCAUCUUGAACAAGCUCCGUGGUCAGCUUCAAGUCGCCGCCGUCAAGGCACCUGGAUUCGGUGACAACCGCAAGAGCAUUCUUGGUGACAUCGCUGUCCUUACCAACGGCACCGUUUUCACCGAUGAGCUCGACAUCAAGCUUGAGAAGGCCACCGCUGAGAUGCUGGGAUCGACUGGUUCCAUCACCAUCACCAAGGAGGACACCGUGAUUCUCAACGGCGAGGGCACCAAGGACAUGGUCACUCAGCGCUGCGAACAGAUCCGCGGCGUUAUGGCGGACCCGACCACCAGCGACUAUGAGAAGGAGAAGCUUCAGGAGCGUCUCGCUAAGCUCUCAGGAGGUGUUGCCGUCAUCAAGGUCGGUGGUUCCUCUGAAGUCGAGGUUGGUGAGAAGAAGGACCGCAUGGUUGAUGCUCUCAACGCCACGCGCGCUGCCGUUGAGGAAGGUAUCCUCCCAGGUGGUGGUACCGCUCUCCUCAAGGCUGCUGCCAAUGCCCUGAACAACAUCAAGACCGCCAACUUCGACCAGCAACUCGGUGUUUCAAUCGUCAAGAGCGCCAUUACCCGACCUGCACGCAUGAUUGUCGAGAACGCUGRUACCGAGGGAUCUGUCGUUGUCGGCAAGCUUAUGGACGAGUAUGCUUCCGACUUCAACAAGGGUUUCGACUCCCAGAAGGGCGAGUACACUGAUAUGAUUGCUGCUGGUAUCCUUGACCCCUUCAAGGUCGUCCGCACUGGUCUGACUGAUGCAUCCGGCGUUGCAUCUUUGCUUGGUACCACCGAGGUUGCGAUCGUUGAGGCUGCUGAGGAGAAGGGUGGCGCACCCGGCGGCAUGGGCGGCAUGGGCGGCAUGGGCGGUGGAAUGGGCGGCAUGGGCUUCUAA